AAUGCGGUGCGGUGUGGUGCCAGCUGCAGACAAUGUUCAAGUCAUCAAGUCUUCCCCUCCUGAUUGGCUGCUGCAACGCUCGUUAGGCUCGCACAAGUUGCGCACAAGUCAAAAAGUAGCGGGAAAAUGGCGCAGUCCGGUCUUUGCACGAGCAUAUAGCGGCGAGAUGCAAACCAAAAGCGCGAGUGCUUCAUUGAGCCCGAUGAGUGGCGCGCUUCUGCUGCGUCUUCUUUUCGCAAUCCUUUUGGCGGCGCACACGGUCGACUGCUACCGCCUGAGGAAGGCGGACAGAAGAAAAACGGUUCCAGAGGGCUUUAGGCGAGGUAAAAUUGUGUUUGGGAAAGUUCCUCCAGUGCUGCAUGAAGAAGUCGAGAAGGCAAACAGCUCAGUGGAGGAUGAAGCCGCUUAUCAGGCGGAUUCUGCAGGAGGCUGGCCGGUAAACCCUCAGCAGCAGCAGCAGCAGCAGCCACUGCCACAAGCCACAUCCCAGGAGGCCUCGUGGAGACGCAUGAGCUCCCUGCAUUGUGGGGAUCAGCACAUGAAGCUCAGUGUGAAGAGACCGGGGCUGCCCUUCAUGACAGUGCAGCAAGCGCCCAAUGGUCCUCCAUUGCCUCUGCCCCAUGUGCCCAUAAGCUGUGGCUACAAUAUGCAUCGCAAUUCCUUUGGAUUCUUCAUGUAUGUUCCCUACGGUGCUUGUUACACGCAUCAACAGGCUGGAAGUUACGUACUUCCAAUGUAUUGGCAGGGAAUUCCGGUCAUCCUCAUGUGCACCAAGCAGACUCCAAGUGAUGCCCCAAAGGUUACCAGCGCCUCACCCCUAUCUGAUCCAGUGGCACCUGAGGUUCAACAUAUCCCCAUGUGGGCCCCAUUCGCCAAAGAUCCAGUCUCGCCACUGGGCAUUUGGUCACCGGUUGAGCCCCGAAGCCAUCCCCAAUCUCCCAUCAUGAGUCCCAGGUCCCCAAGUGGCCCGCUGAGCCCCGGGGCCCGUUCGCUGCCUCGUAUGCCCAAGUGGCCCUUUGUCCACAAGUGGUCUCCUAUGCCCCAGAGUCCUGGCUCCCACCUUCAUAAGCCUCUGGUGCCUCAGGACCCCUUGUUGAAUCAUGGACCCCACAACCCAUUUGUGCCUCAGUACCCCGUCAUGCCACGCAUGCCCUAUGUGCACAAUCUGCCUCGGCCGUACCAGGGUCCCUCACCCGUGGCCCAGUACCCCUUCUUCAACCCCUCCCUCUGGUCCUUCCCGGGAAAUCAGCCGCCAGUUGUUGUCAACCGGGAGCAAAACGGUCCAGCGAAGCAAGCGGUCGACGCAACCUUUCCCCAUCUUGCUCCUUCUUCUGUUCCUCUGGUGCAGCCAACAACAGCAGCACCAGCGCCGGCCACAACAGCGGCGCCGGCCACAACAGCGGCGCCAGCGCCGGCCACAACGCCAGCACCAGCGCCGGCCACCGACGCUGCUCCGUUAGCAUACAAUCCGUUGUAUCAAUUCCCCCCUGAGCUAAUGCACUACAUCUCCUAUGAGGACUUUCUUGCUGCAAUGUACGGCAAUCCUUGAGAAUAGCUAGCGCAAAUAAAUGGUUCCAAACAA